AUGCUACUCUCGUCGGAUGUACAACAGUAUCAAGAGAGGAACGAGGUUACCUGGUCGCGUGGUUACGCCAAUGCACCUUAUAAAACUAUAAGAUAUCAAAAGAGAAAGGAUUCCUCGAGGAACAAUACCGCAGAUGCUAAAUACGUUUGCAACAGGUGCGGGAAGACUUACAAGGCGCCUACGUCAUUGAGCCGUCAUAGGAGAUUAGAAUGCGGGGUCAUACCCUGCGAGGUCUGCCCGAUUUGCGAUCGAAGAUUCAAACAUAGAUUCGUAUUGAACUCUCACAUCGUCGGAUGUCAAAGAAGACUUCGUCACAUUAUGCAAAAAAGAAGCGACUCGCCAUAUUUGGCAGACGAACGUGACGAAUCGAAGCCGAUCACCGAUAAGGGUUAUUCAGCAAUUGAUAAAUUGGAAUUUAUCAUGAAUAAUCCAACGACAUCGUCAUCUUCAUCGUCGUUUACUACGAUUCAUCGUGGCCAAACGACGCUACCGGAGGAUCAACAUUUUAUGUGCGGCGAAUGUGGCAAGGGUUACAAGUGGAUGGCCAAUCUGAUGAGACAUCAACGAUACGAAUGUGAAAAAUCCCCGAAAUAUUGUUGUCGAAUAUGCAUGAAGAAUUUUUACAGACGUUAUGUCCUUAGAAAUCACAUUAAAACAAAACAUAACACAUUAUGA